AACUGUGUCUCUAUAAAAGGUGUGAGUGUGUCACAUGGUUAUCCCCUUAAUCUUCGAGACAGCUGUCUGGAUUUACGUGGUGAUGAUUGUAAUCCAUUCAGCACCUUGAGGAGCCAUCAGGGUGAAGGUGAGGCAGAGGCAACCCAACAAGACAAACACCACAAAUCUACAGAGGAAACAGAAUCAACAGACAAACUUGCACCAUGGGGAAUUCGAAGAGCAGCGCAUUGUCCAAGGAGCUCCUGGAAGACCUCAAGUCCAACACCAAAUACUCUGAGGCUGAGCUCUGCAUCUGGUACCAGUCCUUCCUGAAGGAGUGUCCCAGCGGGAAAAUCAGCAAGGAGCAGUUUGAAGGUAUUUAUGCCAGCUUCUUCCCGGACGCCGAUCCCACAGCGUAUGCGCGACAUGUUUUCCGGAGUUUUGACACCAAUGCAGAUGGCACUUUGGACUUUAAGGAGUAUAUCGUCGCCCUGCACCUCACCUCCGGCGGCAAGACUCUGCAGAAACUGGAAUGGGCCUUUGCCCUCUAUGAUGUGGACGGCAAUGGAACCAUCAGCAAAAACGAAAUCCAAGAGAUUGUUAGGUCAAUAUUCAACAUGAUUCCCGUUGAUGACCAGAAGAACCUUCCUGAAGAUGAAAACACACCAGAGAAGAGGGCGGAAAAAAUCUGGGAAUUCUUUGGGAAGAAAGAAAAUGAUAAAAUUUCUGAGGGAGAAUUUAUCCAGGGCGUGAUGGACAACAAGGACAUCCUGCGGUUGAUACAAUAUGACGAACCACAAAAAAUUAAGGACAAGCUGAAAGAGAAGAAACAGUAGAAAAAGCCUGUCUUCAUUUAAGACUCUUUCAAAUUCUUCAUUUGUGUUUACAUUCAAAUGUGAUGUUUCCUGUUUAGUUUGGUCAAAAGAAGCCACAAAAUAAUGUUUUAUUUGUGUCUUUAUCCAGAAAAGUAAACUUUAAUUUUCCCAAACACUUCCUUCUGAGCAGUUCAUUCUGUCCUUAAAGGAAAAUCACUUAAAGUUUCUUCUUUUAUGUUUUUUAAGACAACUGUAAUCAUAUUAAAUCAGUAUUAUGUUAAUAAGGUGAUGGACAUAUUUGGACUGCUGAACCACUGGCUGUUUUUCUACAUGACAGUUUCUUUA